AUGCGCAUUUUUAUGCUCACUGUAUCCUACCUCUCUUCUCCUGAAGAAGUAGAGAAAUAUUUACCGGCUCACAUAGCCUGGUUAGAGGAGCAAUAUGAGCGGAAAGUGUAUUUACUUUUUGCUCGCAAACUCCCGUUCACAGGCGGAGUAUGCCUUGCAGUCGCAGACUCAGCAGAUCAAAUGGCUGAGAUAACGGAAACCGACCCCUUCCGUAUCACCGAAGUCGCAAAAUACGAUAUUCAAGAGCUUGACCUGACAAAGGCCAAUACCAUUUCGCUCCUCGAACAUGCGUCCCACCAAGGAUAA